UGACGACCUUCAUUUGUCGUCUGUGCUGACGACUUACACUUAACCUCAAAGUCGAAAUUCAGCAAAAAUAAAGUUUUAGAUUUUCGAUUAAGAAUAGGACUUUACUGAAAACGUAACUAAAGUACUAUUACUAAUUUGCUGUUAUUAUCCUAGGACUGAAAUGCGUUGUUGUGUGCCUUUCUGUGAAAGUACUCAAGAGGAUAUUUCUAAAUCAGAUGGAAUCCGAUUUCUGGAGUUAGUAUUAUCUUGUAUCUUGUGGAUUCCCAGGCAAAGGAGUGUUACGGUCAGCAUGGUCCCUUUCAUUGGGCCUGCAGGGCAGAGUGCCAGCUGGUGCUGUAGUGUGCUCUCUGCAUUUUUUGCGUGAGGAUUUACUGUUUGAUGUAAAUCAAGGACACUUUGUCCACGAUGGUGCUGUCCCUACAACAGUUCAGGUUUGCAUGAUAUGUCUUGAAACUGACGGCAAAAUGUUUUCUUUAAAUAAAUAUAACUUGGAAAAAUCAUAUGAACAUUUAACUGGACAUACUUUAUGUGACGAGGGCAACCUAAAACAUAUACUCUGUGUAGAAUGUGCACACAGAUUGAAAAGCUUCAGUGAAUUUAGAGAGAAGAGUUUGAGGGCCUAUGAAAUUUUCAGGGAGUUGUAUGAAAAAUAUGAUGUGAUAAAUAUAUGGCAUAUAGCCCAGUUGGAGGAUGUACGAGCUCAACUAAAGUCCAGCCUGGGUCGAACAAUGCAGGGCACAGAUCCCUGUAACCUCCACAUCCAAGAGGAGAGUCUGCAGUUCUUCACUGAGGUUGAGGUGAAGAUUGAGAGGACAGGGUCAGACCCAUUUAACCGGAUCUCCUACUCAUCUUCCGGCCCAGACAACUGCCCUGAGUCAGUGGGUUAUACGGCGUCGGACAAUGAAGGGGCUGCGGAGGAAAAGCUUUUAUUUUCUGACAACAUAAUUAAGGAUGAUGGCCCAAUUGUGGACAAUGAGGGCAAUGCAGACAUUUUUCAGAUCAGUGAUGACAGUAACCACGCGCCUGAGAAUAAUUUUAUCAAGGCAAGGAACAGAGAUUUAAAUAAAACUACUCGCGAUAAAAUAAGAAAAAAUAAUACUUCAGUAAUAAAAGAAAUAUGGCCCGAUAGCCAACAAAAGGCAUCGCCACGUAGUUUUAGACUAGAGCGAAGAGAAAACCUAAAUUUUGUGUCCCUCACUUCACCAUCUGUCAACCCUGAAACAACAAGUGACGACAUUGUUUCACAGCAAUCAUUGAAUACUAGGGAGUCACAAAAAGGAAAUGAUUUAGACGAAUCGAAAAAAUUCAUUUGUGACUUGUGUAACAGAGCAUUUAAACUCAAAUGUCUAGUAGCUAAACAUAUGCCCGUCCACUUUAAACCGGAGUUCAAAUGUUGUGAGUAUUGUGACUUCAAAUCAAAACACACGAGUAAUUUGAACAAGCAUGUCAUGAUACACACUGGUGAAAAACCUUUUCAGUGUACUGUAUGUGAAUACAGGUGUGCUAGAAAGGGCAAUUUGGAACGUCACAUGAUAAUGCACACUGGUGCUAAACCUUUCGCGUGCACAUACUGUGACUACAAGUCUGGUGUGCAGGGUAAUCUGUUGACACAUAUAAGAACUCACACUGGUGAAAAGCCGUAUAAAUGCAAGCUAUGUACAUACGAAUGUGCUCAAGGCAGUACGUUAAUGCAUCAUAUGAAACAUCAUACAGUUGAAAAAAAGCCUUAUUCGUGCCAGCUAUGCACAUAUAAAUGCAGCAGAAAGCAUAACUUGAGGAAACAUAUAAUGUGUCACAUCGGUUUGAAACCUCUCAAGAAAUGAUAUUGCACACUGGUGCUAAACCUUUCGCAUGCACAUACUGUGAUUACUAGUCUGGUGUGCAGGGUAAUCUGUUGACCCAUAUAAGAACUCACACUGGUAAAAAGCCGUAUAAAUGCAAGCUAUGCACAUAUAAAUGCAGCAGAAAGUACAACCUGAGAAAACAUGAGUCACGUCGGUUUAAAAAAUCCCAAGAAAUGAUAUUGCACACUGGUUUAAACCUUUCGCGUGCACAUACUGUGACUACAAGUCUGGUGUGCAGGGUAAUCUGUUGACACACAUAAGAACUUACACUGGUGAAAAGCCGUAUAAAUGCAAGCUAUGCAUAUAUAAAUGCAGCAGAAAGCACAACCUGAGAAAA